AUGGCUGGCUAUUUCAAGCAUGCGCUACAUAUUCAAGCAUGCGUCCCUGGCCCUUCAACUACAAAGAGGCCGAAAGUUUUGAAGAAAAAAGGUUAUCGCCGUAAAGAGACUAUCCCAGAAAAUGAUAUUAUCAAUACUGAUAAUACAGUAACAGAUUCAGCAGUACAUGAUAAAACAGAAAAUAAAGAUGUAAAAACUGGGGAUGUGCUGGAAACAACAAUUGACCGAACAAAAAGAAAGGCUGCAAUAAAAGCUGCAAUUAACAUUAAAAAGCAGCAGUCAAUGUCACUUGUUACAAAAUUACGAAGGCUAACUCUUGAUGAUGACAGUAAUAGGAAACGUGGAGGCCGACCUAAAAAAAAGGAAAGUGCUAGAAGUAGUUCAGAUGAAAAAAACACAAAAGGUCCUACAAAACAUAGUAAAACAAAAAAGAAUGUUUUAAGCGAAACAAUUUCAAAAGAAGAUGCAAUACAGCCAGAAAGGAUUGAACCAUUAAAGUCUUCAAUGACAACAAGAGAUAGUAAUAUAAAGAGAACUUUUUCACGGAGUGAAAACACGAAGGGUAAAUAUUCUAAUAUUAUUGAUGAUACAGUAAUUCCAUCAGCAAGAAAUGAUAUUGAAGAUCCUUCAAUGUGCGAGGAUGCACUUGAGAAAUUUACUCCUCUUAUGAAUUCCACGAUGGACAUCAAUUCUACUUAUACGCAGAAGAUGAUGGACGCUACCGCAAUUGUAGAAUCUUUAUCACCAAUAAAAUCAAACGAAACGGUAGUAAUUAAUAAAAACUUGGCUAGUAGUAUAGGAAAAAAUAAUGAACCUAAAUUUGCAUCACGGUCGCCAAUAACUCUGCAGGAGGAGGUUCAGCAGCUGAAUCAAGCGAUUGGACUCACCGAGUUCGAAGAAUUAUUCGCAGAAGAUGAGCCAUCCCGUGAAAGGGAAAUGUCUAAUAGAAACAUGACGAAACAGGACAUUCAAAAUGAAAUGAAGAAAAAUGUGCCCGUA